GGCCCCUCUGCACUAAUUGUUGCAUCUUUAAGUUCUUUUUCAGAGGUGUGUUUUAUGUUAUUUUUAAAACAUAUUUUUGUUGUUGUUUGUUUACCCUAUCUUAUUAUUAUUACGUGACAAGUGGUAUGCUCACGUAAUCAAAAUGUCCAGAGAUAUGAGAACAAUAAUUUAUCAUUUAAUAUUGAUGUAUGUAUUACCAAUGUGGACGUGAGAAAAUGCACAGGUUAAUUUGCUAUAAAAGGACCAUGAGGCAUAUGACUUCUCCAUUCCUUCACUGCCCUUCUGACUAGCAUAGGAACACACAAAAAGUUGCCAUGAAGAUACUGAUUGUGCUAGUGUGUGUAUUUGGAAUUGCUCUCAGUGAGAAGUGUGAUGAACUCAAAGCCAUCAAGUUGAAGCAACAGUGGAACUCAAUCUAUAAUGGCGAACAUGCAAGGGAAUAUAUUGCUCUGGCAGCAUUUAGAACAUUGUUUGCCAUGAACCCUAAUUCAAGAGCCUUGUUCAAAAAGUUCGACAGCGAUGAUACCUCUUCACCAAAGUUUAGAGCUCAUUGCACCAGAGUAUUUGGAGGCCUUGAUUCACUUAUCUCUCUAUUGGGUAAUGAAAAAGUCUUCAAUGCUCAGCUUGAGCACAUUCGUGUCUUCCACACCACCAUCCCUAACUUGAAGCUGGAAUACUUUCAAGAUUUAGGCACGGCAUUUGAGGAGGUAUUUUCUGUGGUGAUAGACAACUUGGAUAAGGAAGCAUUUGGAGAAUGCUAUGAUGUUAUUGUGAAUGGAAUAACGGCAACAUUGAGCUAAACCUAGGAGUGAAGAACAAGAUGCUGAACAACCCCAACAGGAUUAAUAGAUAUGAUCCUUAAUAGCUUCGAACAGUCAACAUUAAACAACAAAACUGGCAAUUUGUGAUAUGACUGCAAUUUGUGAUAUGACUGUCAUGACUGUAUUACACCAAAAAGUCAUCAAUGUCUAUGUGUUUUCUGCCUGUGUUCUGUCUAAUUACAGUUAAGCCUGGAACUGCAAUUUAGAUGUGAUGUACACUCAAACAAAAGCACAGAGGCUAAAUAAAACAUUCACAAUGCAAUUUAGUAAUUUGGUUGUUGAUUCUUAUUCAUAUUGUUAUUAGUACUUUAAUUAUUUCAGUGUGAUUCUGUAAUGCAUAAAUAUAACUAGAGGUAUAAAGUACAAAACUUUAAGUCAAACAAACAUCAUAUCUGAUUGUAGAAGUAGCCCUUUUGUAAAGACUUGGUUAUUAUCCCAAUUUGGUUCAAACUUUAUAGGGCAUAGAAUGUAUGUUUGAAAAGGGAUUUUUAAUAUGGACCCUCAAUUCAAAAU